AUGGAUUGCAACCAUGGUAAGAGGAGCAAAUCAUAUACCCCAGAUUUGGCAAAGACAAGACGCAUAUCAAAAUCAGGCAAGCAAGGUUGUCAGUUCCGAGUGGUAGUGCGGAGUUCAUUGGUAGAUGGCAAAUGUAAGUGGAGAAUUUUGAGUGUUACAGACAGAUCUGGGAAGCCAAAGGGAAUUCACAAUCACAAAUUGGAAGUUUAUGCUGAAGGAAGCAGGCAAAGGAAUUCUCUUUCAAAUGAGGAAAAUAUUGAAAUUAAGGAGUUGGAAGCAACACAUACUCAGGCGAAAGAUAUAAGAAGUUUUAUAAAUAGGAAGUUUGAUGCUCAUCACAACAUGGAUCAUGUUUAUAAUGAGACAGCAAAGAUUAGGCGUGAGAGAUUGGGUGAUCUUUCCCCUAUGCAGUGGACAUUUAUAGAAGCUGGCCGUCUUGGCUACUUCAUUGGAGUUGGUUUUGAUGAAGACCGUCGUGUUACUAGACUCUUCCUUUCCCAUCCAGAGUCUAUUAAGAUGUUGAGCGCAUGGUAUUUUGUUAUUUUGAUAGACUCGACGUACAAGACCAACAAGUAUAAGCAACCACUGGUUCAGUUGAUUGGUGUUAAUCCGGUGAAGAAGAACUUCAACAUAGGGUUCACAUUGGUUUCAGAUGAGACAAAGGAGACAUAUGCUUAG